GUGAGAGAGAAACGAAAGGGGGUAAGAGAGAGACAGAAGCUCAGAAACCCAGAGAGAGAUUGCCCAGAUGAUGGUCUAAGAGAGGGUCCUCUCAGAUCAUCGUGAAAAAAGGCAGCAAUUUUAAAGAUUCUUUUUAUUUUUUGGUACCUCUUGCUGCCUUUUUGUUGACUCUCAAUCACCCCCAGCGUGCCGCAUUGCAUUAUCUUCUUCUGUUUGUUCAUCCUUGCCCUCCAUUGUUAACGUCCCAACACGCGGAGUCAUUUUCCUGCAUCUUUCUUUUGUCGCUUCUGCAUGCUCCAGCCAUAUUGCGGAGGGCCAUUGAAAGGAAGACUUUGAGCGGGUUAUGCCUUUGUUGAACAAGCUGUAGACGAAGAAAAUAAAUAUAAUCAUGAGGGACCCUGAUGUGAUCUCCGGAACCAGUUGUCUGCAUUUCUUUUGCUUUUUGUAAAAUAGUUUGUAGUUAGUGAAUUGUUUUGCUGGUUGCGAGGUACGGGUAGAUUGAAGGGUUAUUUGUGUAGGAAAAACCUCGCGAUUUUGUAUACUUUAACGUCUAGAAAGUUGGCUUCACGAAGCAAUGGGUUCUAGAUGUGGCUCAUAUGUAUUUUGGAGCAGAAUUUAUUCUGCUUUAAUUUGUCUGUGGGGUAUUCGUUCAUGUUGGUCCCUUAAUGACGAAGUAAUGGCUUUGUUAAAGUUUCGGGCGAGAAUAGAUUAUGAUCCUCGUGGAGCUUUGGCUAACUGGAAACCAGAUGAUCUUGAUCCUUGUGACUGGUUGGGUGUUCAAUGUGUUGACAAUACAGUGCAAAUGCUGAACUUAAGUGAGCUAUCUUUGGAAGGUACACUGGCUCCUGAGCUUGGGAAAUUAAGUAACUUGAAAUAUCUUGUAUUAUGCAAGAAUAAGUUUUCUGGCACCAUUCCUAAAGAAUUUGGAGAGCUAACUAAGCUGGAGUUGUUGGAUUUGAGGGACAAUUGCUUGACUGGAAGUGUUGCAGCGGAAAUUGGCAGGAUGCUGUUCCUAAAAGACUUGAACCUUUUUGGCAGCAACAUUGAAGUCAAUGUUCCUCAAGAUCUUGGGAAGCAUGAAUUACUAUCUAAACGACAAUUGAUUGAUAAUCAUACGUCUCAUGAGAUAGCUGAAAUUGGUUGCAUGAAUAGAAAAAUUGGACACUGUGUGCGGCAGAGCAAUUUCAAACUAUGGAACAUGAGACAAUCACUUGUCAUUCCAAUUAAAGGAGCAAUUACAAAAUGCCUCAAUUCCUUGGCGCUGCCAUUGUUCAAGCUACAGAACUACCAUAAUAACUACGAAGAUAACUGCUUUGACAAUCAGCCUAGUGAGUCAGCAAUUGCUCAAAAUCUACUUGACAAAUUUAAACGUCGUAAAUUACUUGAUCAGUCCAGUAACCUCGUAGCUGCCCCUUUUAGUGGUGGGUCUGCUAAACAGAUCAUUAGUCUCCCAUCCACACUGAGUAGCGGAGCUUUUCCGGCUACAUUAAAUACCAGUGGGAAUCAUAAUCAGUCACCCACACCAUUGCCUUCACCUGCUUCUUCUGGAAAUGAAAAAAACAGACAACCUUCAGCUGAAGAUAAUGCUUCUGGAGAUGCUUGGAAGUACAUAAUUAUUAUAUUAGGUGUGCUUUUGUUGGUCAUUGUUGCUGUUGCCGUAUUUUGCCUGUGGAAUAAGAGAGCAGUAAAAGCAAUUAGGCCAUGGAAGACAGGGUUAAGCGGACAGUUACAGAAAGCUUUUGUGACAGGAGUCCCGAAGCUAAAUCGAGCAGAGUUGGAGGUAGCCUGUGAGGAUUUCAGCAAUAUUGUUACAAGCUUGCCUCAUUGCACCGUAUACAAGGGAACUCUGUCCAGUGGAGUAGAGAUUGCAGUUGCAUCAGCUAUGAUCACUUCUGCACAAGACUGGUCGAAGAAUAUGGAGAUUGCCUACCGAAAAAUGAUUGACACCAUGUCUCGGGUAAAUCAUAAGAAUUUUAUUAAUCUUAUUGGCUACUGUGAGGAAGAAGAGCCAUUUACUCGGAUGAUGGUGACUGAGUAUGCUCCUAAUGGAUCCCUAUUUGAGCAUUUGCAUGUUGAGGGGCUUGAACACCUAGAUUGGAAUUCAAGAAUGAGGGUUAUUAUGGGCGUGGCUUAUUGUCUUCAGUACAUGCACCAUGACCUGAAUCCAUCAGUAGCUCAUAGCAACCUCGAUUCACAUUCAGUCUUGUUAACAGAUGAUUUUGCUGCGAAGAUUGCACAGGUCAUUUUUGCCUCGUCAUUGGAAGAUAAAUCAAUUUCAAAGAAUUCCGAAUUGACAUUCAAUGCUGAUCCCGAAACUGAUGUAUAUUGCUUUGGAAAAUUGUUAUUCGAAAUCAUUUCUGGGAAAUUGCCAGACUGUGAAGAACAAAAACAACUUGAGAAAUUGGCUGGUGAAUUUUCAAAUGGUAAGAGAAGCAUCAGUAAUAUGAUCGAUCCUUCCCUUGAAUCCUUCAGAGAGAAAGAACUUGAUGUGGUUUGUGAGGUGAUCCAUGAAUGCACCCAACCUAAUCCGAGUUCGCGACCCACAAUGAAGGACAUAACUUCCAAAUUAAGGAAUGUUAUUGGCAUGUCACCUGACCAAGCAGCCCCAAGACUUUCUCCACUCUGGUGGGCUGAACUAGAGAUCUUAUCAGAAGAGGCAACAUAACUUCUGUCUCAAUCAUUCACUGUAUAGUAAAUUCAAUUGAGCAGAGUCCAGCCCAUCUUCCAGUUAGUGGUCAUCAAUAUAUACGUGCGACCAAAAUCUUAUCGUCCUUGUUCGUUUACAAGUCCUUAUGGUUCAUAAAAUAGCUAUUCAUGUUGUAAUGAAGGUGUGUUACGAUGUUUUCAA